AUGGCGUGGGGGUCGCAGGCCACUCCGGCCCUCUUUCUAUACCCACCUGCCUAUUUACAAUGUCGGACGGAGCUGCAUUGCCCUCGUUGGCCCUUCCGUCCAAUCUCCGAAGCCACCAAAGGAGGGGUCGCUAACAGAGUAAAAGGCGCUGAGACUUUCCGCGGGUCACGAACGCCACACGGCAACUGCAACUCUUGCUCUGCCCGAAUGAAAUUUUUGACUCCUCUCCUUCCUUAUCUUCUGCAGGUGGACAUGCUUCUCCGCCACAAAAUCCGAAGCCCUGGCCUGCCCGCUUUGUCAGCCAUUGUUAUCUACAACGACACCGUGUUGUGGACGGGCAACUUCGGGAAACGCAAUGGCUCCGAUCCCUCCUCUGGCAUUCCCAAUGAAUAUACCAUUUACAGAAGACGUAGAGCAGGGGUCCCCAAACUAAGACCCGCAGGCCGGAUAUGGCCCCCUGAGGGGUGUGGAGAAGGGGAGGAGGUGGCGGGCGAAGCAGCUUUGGGGCUGCUUCGUCCUCUGCCUCCCUGGGCCCAGCCGGCUCUUCUGCCUUCGGGAAGGGGCCACGAGCUGCGUGCUUCCGCAGAGCAGAGCCAGGCGGAGCAGCAGCCGCGUCCCGGGCAUGAUGCGCCUCCCGAGCCUCUACCUGUCAGGGCGGGGACUCCACGGGCUUCCAUGCAAGGUUGGGGAGACAACACAAAUAUCUUGUGCUUCCUUUCUUUCUCCAGAUGCCAUUACAGCAACUUGGCGUUCUCCCUCAUGGCACACGUUCUUGCCGAACAUGCCGCCGAGGGUGAGUACCAGCGGUGGGUGUCUGAGAACAUCCUGGACCGGUUGGGCAUGGAGGACACCGGCUUCGACAUCACGCCUCCCAUCCGCUCCCAGAUGGCGGUUGGCUUCUAUGGCAGUGGGCAACCAGCCCCUCUUUACGACUUGGGCUGGUACAGGCCCUCCGGCCAGAUGUACUCAACAGCCGCCGACCUCGCCAAGCUGGCCAUGGUCUUCUUGGGGACUUACCAUCGGCGCCUCCUGGAGCCGGACACGGUGAAAACUAUGUUGACGCCCCUCUUCAAGUGCUCCAGCGAGUACUUUGCCAACAAGACUGGAACGCCCUGGGAAAUCAAUGAGCAACUUGGGUACGAUAUCAUUAGGAAAGAUGGCGACUUGGACGGCUACUCCGCCACCUUCUCCUUGGUGCCGAAGCUGCGCUUGAGCUUCAUUGUCCUCAUGGCUGGUCCCCGUCCUCAGGGAGGAGACGUGGUGGCACAGACCUACGAACAGCUCAUUCCCGCCAUGGAGUCAGCUUUCCGCGAAGCCGAGAAGAGCCUUGCCCCGCCUCCGAGCCCCGCCCCCUACGUCGGGUACUACACUUACUCCAACCUGACUUUCUAUGAGAUCAAAGUGGGUGCUGGUGGGGUGCUGGUGAUGCAGCAGUUUGGGCCCCAUAUUGAGGAGCUGAUACCAGCAAAUUACCGGACCAUCAAACUGCACCACCUCGAGGACCGCGUUUUCCAGGUGGUGUUCGACAAGGAGUUCCCCUGCACUCUCCACCUCGGCUCAGCCUCCGUUUCCUUGGAGACCCAAGAUGGGCAGCUUUUCAACUUCUACCCUUUCGACCGCAAGGGAUUAUCCCCUGGCUUUGAUGCUCCGGGUCUGAACACAUACAACGUCUUACGCAUCCAUCGUAAACCCGUGUUCUACAGUUAAUUGCUAAUGGCGUGGAGGCCAUGUUUAGUAUGCAAGGAGACUGGGAGGGACUAUGGCUUCAUACCACCAAUGGCUGGGACCUUCUUCUGUCCUCCAAGGGCACUUGAUGGCUUCUGGUGGGACAGACCUUCUAGGUGACGCAACUGUAUACUUGGAUUACAUGUUGAUAUACACAUCCCCAAGCUUCAGUGACCAGAUAUUUCGAGGGUGACUGUACUCCCUAGAAACCAAGAACGUGGGGUCAUGCUAAUGCAUGCUCCCCAACAUUUCACUGGUGGGACAUGUCUGGCCUAGAGACUUGAUGGCUUCUGGUGGGACAGACCUUCUAGGUGCCACAACCGUAUACUUGGAUUACAUGUUGAUAUAUCCCAAGCUUCAGUGACCAGAUAUUUCGAGGGUGACUGUACUCCCUGGAAACCAAGAACGUGGGGUCAUGUUAAUGCAUGCUCCCCAACAUUUCAUUGGUGGGACAUGUCUGGCCUAGAGACUUGAUGGCUUCUGGUGGGACAGACCUUCUAGGUGCCACAACCCUAUACUUGGAUUACAUGUUGAUAUAUCCCAAGCUUCCAGUGACCAGAUAUUUCGAGGGUGACUGUACUCCCUGGAAACCAAGAACGUGGGGUCAUGUUAAUGCAUGCUCCCCAACAUUUCACUGGUGGGACAUGUCUGGCCUAGAGACUUGAUGGCUUCUGGUGGGACAGACCUUCUAGGUGCCACAACCGUAUACUUGGAUUACAUGUUGAUAUAUCCCAA